AUGACUGAUCAGUGCCCAAGAACCUGCAAUCGAUGCUCGACAAACUCGACCGCAACAACAACAAUUACCAACUCGACGACCUGCGUUGACCUGACAAACCCAACUACUGGAGUGUCCGACUGCCCUCAACGCGUCGCUUUGUGUACUGACAGCAACUACAUUGCUUUGAUGAGGACCCAGUGCCCAAGGACGUGUGGUUUUUGCAGCUCGUCCAGCACUGUUAGCGGCACAGCUGCCACAGUCACUGCCACAACAUCUUCAACUACUUGUGCUGACGCCAUCAAUCCUCGCACUGGAACUUCCGAUUGCCCUCAGCGUGCUUCGCUUUGCACUGACAGCAACUACCAAGCCCUGAUGGCCACACAGUGCCGAUUGACCUUGCGGAUUAUGUUAAAUCUAAACGUUUGCUCUGCUUGUACAAUUGUGAUUGGCGUCGUAAAAUGA